GAAAUUUGCAUGCCGGACUCCGCCCCGGACAUCCGGGUAUAAAAGGGAGACGGCGUGCAUCAUUCAUUCACCUUUUGUUCUUCGGAGCCUUCGGUUAUGAAGAUCUUCUCUUGCUGCUUAGCAAAAGCUUCACAUUGCCGGUUCUACGACGUGGUGCAGCGGACUGUCCCUUCCUGCAGCGACUUCCCCUGGGCAUCUCGGCUGUUACAGAGGUGUUCGAGCCAUUCUAAAAGAGCUAAUUUCUCCAGCGUGGCAUGUCCCGCUGUUCUCUUGGGUGCGGUGUCCUCAUCGAGGAAGGGGACAAGCACGAUGUCUGUGUCAGGUGUUUGGGGGUCCAACACGCUGAGGCAGCCUUCGUGGACUCAUCUUGCCCGCAAUGCGGGCAGAUGGUCAUAGAGACGUUGCGGUCACGGGUGGCUGUCUUCCGAUCCCGACGACUCUUUGCAGCCCCCCCCCCCAAGGGGGGGCGAGCUCAGGAGGAGGCGGAUGUCAGCCAUGCUUUCCCGGGCCGCCGUGUGCAUUGUGCACUCCGGUGCCUCUCCGCCUGCGCUCACGGUUGGACACAUGGUUCUUGGGCUCUGAGCGCGACUCCAAGCCGCGCCCAACCCCGGUUCCGUUCUUCCCGGAAGUGCAUGAGGAACUGACAAAGACGUGGAAUGCCCCUUUCUCGGCACGUACACGUCAAACCGGUUCCGUCGCUCUCUCUUCCCGCGAUGGUGGGGCAGCUAAGGUUUACUUCGACGUGCCCCAGGUGGAACGUGCAGUCGCAGUGCACCUGUACCCGCAGGCGGCAUCCACCUGGAGAGGUCGAACGAAACUCCCGUCCAAGGCGUGUAGGACUUCGGCAUCGCUGGUAUCGAAGGCCUACGCUGCUGCGGGCCAAUCUGCCUCCUCUCUCUACGCCAUGGCCAUCCUGCAGGUCCACCAGGCCAAGGCGUUGAAAGAGAUCCACGAGGGUAAGACCUCAGGGAGAGGGGUGUGAGGGUACUCAACUAUCUCGACGACUGGCUUAUUUUGGCACACUCGCGAGAUCUGUUGUGUGCACACAGGGACCUGGUGCUCCGGCACCUAGAUCGAUUGGGACUACAGGUCAACCGAGAGAAGAGCAAGCUCUCCCCUGUGCAGUGCAUCCUCUAUCUUGGUAUGGAACUCAACUCUGUCACCAUGACAGCGCGACUGUCCACAGUACGCGCCCAGUCGGUGUUGAACUGCCUGGAUCAUUUCACGCAGUCAGCGGUUCCCCUGAAAUUAUUUCAGAGGCUCCUGGGACACAUGGCAUCCUCGGCAGCGGUGAUACCUCUCGGGUUGAUGCACAUGAGACCGCUCCAACACUGGCUCCAGAGUCGAGUUCCCUGGAGAGCGUGGCACACCGGCAGCAGGCGGAUGGUGAUUAUGCCUCGCUGCCGACGCACCCUAACCCCUUGGUCUUCUAUGACCUUCCUUCAGGCAGGGGUACCCCUAGGGCAGGUUACGAGGCAUGUCGUGGUGACAACAGACGCCUCCCUGCAGGGUUGGGGUGCAGUGUGCAACGGGCACGCAGUGUCGGGGCUUUGGACGGGCCCCCGCCUGCGCUGGCAUAUCAAUUGCCUAGAGUUGUGCUCAUUUGGGUGCAGUUCGGGCAGGCCCAGGUAGACCUGUUCGCCUCCCUCGAAACCACCCAUUGCCCGCUUUGGUACUCUCUGACCGAGGGACCCCUCGGCACGAAUGCCCUAGCGCAUAGCUGGCCGCGGGACAAGCGGAAGUACGCCUUCCCCCCAGUGAGCCUCAUUGCACAGACCCUGUGCAAGGUCAGGGAAGAGGAGCAGCAAGUGUUACU